CCUAUGCAAUAGCUGCGUCAAUCCUCUGCACGACUAAUCUUUCAGUCCCAUUGAAGGUGCGUCCAUAAUUUUCUUGUCAUACACUACUAGGGAAUAUACUUCUCUUGAUGUCGCAUACCAUCUAUAGUAGCUGUCUAUUUUUCUCGAUGUAAUUAUCUUUUGGGAUGGUUACACUGCUUAGUGAAAAUAUAUUGUUUUCUGAUGUGUUUUCACUUUGCACUUGCAUGCUGGAACAUGGGAGGAAAAUAACCUCAAUUCAUGGGGCUAAUGGUAGGGCACCCAGGAGGUGCAGCACCGGAUCCGCAUCACCCUCUCCUCCAAGUCCGUCAAGAACCUCGAGAAGGGUGGGUGCCCGGUGAUUGCAGUUGCGCCUGACGCAAAAUCUGGGGCCGCGCGCUGGCGGUCACCUGCGCCCGACGCAAAAUCUGGGCGUAGCUUGGCGCCGGAAUGACAUUUCUCUUCACUGUGUGGAUCUGCGUGCACGCGGGCCGACGGUCCAGACGCCAGCCGAUGGGCAGCCUCGCCGGCGGGGUGGUGGCCAGGCGGCCGCGGUUCCUGUGCAUGCACGUGUUCCGGACCAGCGGCGAGAUCAUGCUGAAGCAGGUGGUGGGGAAUUGGCCCGACGAGGUCACGGUGCGCUUCGACCUCGUCUUCGCCGACACGCCCUUCCCCGCCGAGGGCAUGUCCGACGUUGACGGCAUCUUCGACCCGCCCUACUACGAGUGGUUCCAGUUUGACAAGGUCCUCCACCCUCCACCUUCCCCCUUCCUCCCGUAUUCCCAUUGCCUGAUCUCUACUACGAGUGGUAUGUUAUUCAAAUUUGACUGGGACAUGCAAGUUUUUGAUAGAUUUAACUUUUCUCAGACACUUGAGGCGUGUAGUAACAAUUAAAUUGUAGGUUAAAUGUUGGACUAGAGAAAUAUUGA